UGAAACCGAGAGGGUGCCUGUCUCCUUCUCUCCCAACCAUUUCUCCUUUCACUCAGGACCUCUAUCACUGCAUCUCUUAUCAGUGUCCUCAUCAACUGCCCAGCUCAGCUGCCUUCCCUAGGGAGGUGCUGGAAAAGUCAGCGAGAGGAUUUUACCAGGAGGAUAAUGACCAAAAGUCUAGCUUGCAGUAAUUUUUCAUAGCUCAUAAUCUUAAUCCUUAAAAACACAUAAAGUGGAGUCCAACCUCUUCAGCUCAGGGUGUCUUUUUUUUUUCAUCUGAAGAUGAGGAGGCAUCGGUUGUUACCGCUGUGUGCUCUUCUGGGCUGCCUGUUCGCAGGACUCCUCACUAAACUUGAUGCUCAGGAAGCACAAGAUUCAGCUGACCUAGUACUCUUAAUUGAUGGAUCACAGAACGUUGGAGCAGCAAACUUCCCCUAUGUGCGUGAUUUGCUUUUGAAAAUCAUUGAGCCCCUUGAUGUUGGCAGGGAUGCUAUUAGGGUGGCUUUGGUCCAGUACAACUCUGACCCAGAAAUAAAGUUCUAUCUAAAUAGCUAUUACAGCAAAUCAUCCAUCCUGGAAGCUGUGAAAGGCCUGACCUACUCAGGGGGUGAUGAAUCUAACCUGGGGGCUGCCUUGGAAGAAGUGGCAGAGACUGUUUUCAGUGAAACAGCUGGGGGCAGGGCAGACGAUCACGUGCCCCAGAUGGUGAUUGUCAUCAGUGCUGGGCCAUCAGGUGAUGAUACUGGUGUUGGUGACCGGGCCCUUAAAAGGGCUGGGGUUAUCACAUUUGGUGUGGUGAUCGGUGAUACUGCCGCCUCAGAUCUGGAAGAGGUUGCCACAGAUAAAAGUUUUGUCCUGACAGCCACUGAUUUCAGAUCAGUUGCAAGCCUGGGUGAUCAGCUCCGUCCGUUCAUUAAUGGCGUGGUCCAGCGCUCCAUUAUAGUUCAGAAUGCGUUCACUGAAGUUGUGGCUGUUGGAAAACGUGACAUAAUUUUCCUGAUCGACAGCACAAUGGGGUCAGCAGCUUUCACCGCCUUGCAUAAGUUCAUCGGGCGGUUUGUCAACACCAUGCCAAUUGGUCCAGAUGGAGUUCAAGUGGGUAUUGCCCAGUUUAGUAAUGUUCCAAAAUUGGAGAUGGACCUCAACAGCCAUGGAACCAGGGAGAACUUAAUUUCUGCAUUGGCUGCUAUCAAACCAAAACAAGCACAGAACGUUAAUAUUGGAGCUGCCUUGGACUUUGUGCGGACGAAUAUGCUGAGGCCAGACAAGGGCAGUCGUAUCGGGCAGAGGAUACCUCAGCUUGUUCUGCUGUUCACCAGUAAAAAGUCCAGUGACAGUGUGGAGGAACCCACUCAGGCCCUGCAAAGAAUGGGUGUACUUACCCUGGCUGCAGGCUCUAAGGCUGCUGAAGAGUCCGAGCUGAAGCAAAUUGCCUUCACCGAUAAGGUUGUAUUCAUUCAAAAGGACUUCCGCCAAAUGUUUCGCAACCCAAGGGAAAUCAUUGAUGCUCUGUCUACUCUAGCUGGGACGGUCGUGACAGAAGGGCCCACUGACCCAGAUGUUCCAGGGGUGGUGGUUACCACCGUACACACAGAAAAAGUCAUCCGUGACAUUGUCUUCCUUGUGGAUGGAUCAAACUAUGUUGGAAGCAAUAACUUGCCCUAUGUGAGAGACUUCAUGAUCAACGUAGUGAACCAGCUGGAUAUAGGUCCUGACAGGGUCCAAAUUGGCCUCCUGCAGUUUUCCAACCAGCAAAGGGUAGAAUUUUACCUAAACAGCCACAGAACCAGACAGGAAGUUGUGAAUAAAAUCUCUCAACUCAGACUUAUGGGAGGUUCAGUGCUGAAUACAGGAGCUGCUAUGAAUUACGCCCUGGCCAAUAUGUUCAGGUCAUCAGCUGGGUCACGCAGGAGGGAUGGAGUCCAACAGGUCUUGGUUCUGAUUACAGGUGGCCCAGCCCAAGAUCAGCUUCAGUCUGUGGCUGAUAAAUUGGCUUUAGAUGGCAUUUUGACUUUCACAGUCAGUUCUGGACAAGCAGAUGAAGCCUCAUUGAAGAAAGUUGCCUUUGUUCCAGAUUUAGCUUACCAUCAAACAAGCUUCUCUGAUUUCCCAGCUUUGGCUGAAGUCAUCAUGCCACAGCUAAAAACGGUGGUUGGUGAUACAGAUGUGACAAUUAAAGAUGACCUAAGUGGAGUUGAAAGGGAUGUUGCUUUCCUCAUUGAUGGCACCGAUGCUGUCAGAGCAGAUUUCCCCUACAUCCGGGAUUUUAUCAGAAGAGUGAUUGAACCUCUUGACAUUGGGAUUGACAAAGUACGUGUUUCAGUGGUUCAGCAUAGUGAGAAACCAACCCCAAGUUUCUAUCUCAACACUUAUCAAACCAAAGAAGAGGUGAUGAGAGCUGUCAAUGGGAUGACACUGGCUGGUGGACGUAGUUUAAAUACAGGAUCUGCUUUGACAUUCAUGAAGAACACCAUCAUGUCUGAGGCCUAUGGCAGCCGUGCAGGUCAAAAUGUUCCCCAGUUUCUAAUCGUUUUGGCUGGAGACAGAUCCAUGGAUAAUGUGAAAGAACCAGCAGGUGAACUGAAGACUGAGGGAGUGGUACCGUUUGGUGUUGGUGUCAAGAACGCUGAUCCUAAGCAGAUUGAAGCCAUUUCACACAACCCUUCAUUUGCCUUCAAUGUCAAAGAAUUCAGCGAGCUUAGCACCAUUCCACAAAAGCUCAAUAACUACGUGAGCCUUCCAAAGGAGCAGCUGACAGUUGUGCUAGAUGAAGUUGAAUUAGAGUCCCCUCAAAGAGACAUAGUGUUUCUUUUGGAUGGAUCAGAUGACACACUGAGUGGCUUCCCAGCAAUGAAAAUCUUUGUCCAACAAAUCGUAGAAACACUCAGUGUUGGGGAGAACAAAGAUCGUGUUUCUGUGGUUCAGUAUAGCCGAGAUCCAGAAACACAUUUCGAUUUGAACACCUUCACGGACAAACAAGAUGUUCUUAUUGCAGUCCAACAACUAAAGCAUAAAGGGGGCAGACCCCGCAACACUGGUCUCUGGGAGCCGGCAUGA